GUGAAAGUUCUCUCGUGAAAAAGUGCGAUCGUGUGAGAAAGUCUCGUGGAUGAUACCGAGCUGGACGAAGAGACUACGAAUUUCGAGGGACCGUCAACAUUAACAUGGACGUUCGAUUUGUCAGCAUCUCGGGCACCCGUGAAGCGUUGACGGAAUUCGCGAAAAUGCAGUCGACGGAAUCGAGAAAAGGAUUCGAUGUCUGAGCGGAACUGGUGCUCGCCGCGGCUAAGGGGAGCAAUGGGAUCGCCCGUAAAUCGUCAGGCAAUCGCGCUAAUUAGCAUGUUGAAAUUAUCAAAAAAGACGACGGCGAGCGUUGGAAAGAUGACGAUGAGUCCAGCCGUAGGUCCAGAGACCCCGGAACAGUACCAAUGGAGGAGGUGACGUAGCAGCCAGUGAUGCGUAAACGACGUGGAUUGGCCAGCGCCGUUCUGGGCCUGUCAGUGGGCCUUCUCUUGGGCUUCCUGAUCCAAAGUUACCGGAUACUCUUGUCGAACCAUCAGCAACGUGUCAAUAUUUACGCAUCAUCGGUGUCAGGGCCGCGCGUGCUGGCCAAACCGCCGACGCGAAGCGUUCCAAAGAUGAACGACGACGAGCAAAUAAACAGUUCCACGAGCAGCCUGGUGUUCGUGGGCGUGAUGACAGCCGGGAAGUACCUUGACACGCGGGCGAAAGCCGUGUACGAGACCUGGGGCAAGGAGCUGCCGGGGAAAAUAGCGUUCUUCUCGUCCGAGAGCUCCACCGUUCCGGCGAACUGUCCCGAUCUGCCUUUGGUGCCGUUGCUGCGCGUGGACGACACCUACCCGCCCCAGAAGAAGUCGUUCAUGAUGCUGCAGUACAUGUGGAACAAUUACGGCGAUCGUUUCGAGUGGUUUCUGAGGGCCGACGACGACGUUUACGUGAGGUCCGACCGUCUGGAGAAGCUGUUGCGGUCCGUGGACUCGAGGAGGGCCAUGUACAUCGGCCAGGCGGGCAGAGGGAACUCCGAGGAGUUCGGUCUGCUGUCUCUGGAGUACGACGAGAACUUCUGCAUGGGCGGACCUGGCGUUAUUCUGUCCAGGGAGACCCUGAGGAGGAUCGUGCCGCACAUCAAGUACUGCUUGAGACAUUUGUACACCACCCACGAGGACGUCGAAUUGGGAAGGUGUGUGCAGAAGUACGCCGGCAUACCUUGCACCUGGAGCUACGAGAUGCAGUCCAUUCUGUAUCAUAACAGCAGCGGUGCACAGGCGUUCACCGGAAACCUGAAGAAAAAAGAGGUUCACCACGCCAUCACUUUGCAUCCUGUUAAAAGCCCGCCGCACAUGUACAGGCUGCACAAUUACAUGAGGGGACUUCGGAUACAGGAUCUGCAGCAAGAGAGACUCAAUCUUCACAGGGACAUUUACACCAUGGCCAAACAGUUAGGAAUUAGAGUCGAGGAUCUCAAGAAUCUCGAGAUCGCGAAAGGCGUUCCCCUGUUUCCCGUCAGCCCCCACUCGAAAGAAUAUCCCGGUGACACGGAAAUACUAGGUGUACAAGAGGGACUCCGGUCGUUCAAACCGAGAAGCAGCGACGAGGUAAUUCCCUGGGACUUUCUUUCGAGGUCGGAGUACAGCAUAGCGGACUCCAAUCCCAGGAGAAGAAUUCACAGCGAUAUAAGGGAGGGUCUGGAGGACAUCAGAAGAGAAGUGAUGGCCUCCAUAAACGCUUGCUCACGACAACGCGGCAGAGUCGUGGAGGAAAGGUCGGCUCUAUACGGGUACAGAAGAGUGGAUUCUUACGGCGCCGACACGAUACUGGAUCUUCUGCUGGUGUACCGGAAGUACAGAGGCAGAAAGGUCACGUUGCCCGUCAGGAGACACGUUUAUCUGCAUCAACACUUCACCGGACUGGAAAUACGAGAAACGGUGAACGGAAAGGAAAUCGAUGCCCGAAGCGACCGACGAAGCGACAAGUCUUUGCACAACAUAUUCAGCGGCGGUUUCUUGAACCUGAAUUUCAACUCCGUGUCGGAGGAUCCGGUCGCUGGCAAGAUCGUCCAUUUUAUUCUACCAUUGGCGGGAAGGUACGAGGUUUUCCAGCGUUUCCUGCAAAGCUACGAGGAGAUCUGUCUGACCAGCGGCGAGAAGACCGCGCUGUUGGUCGUUCUCUAUCCUCACAAAACGGAGAACUCGUACAACAAGACGAUCAAUCUGAUCGAAGAGAUCAAGUACAAGUAUCGUAGCGCCAGUAUCGAUAUCCUGCCCAUCGACGGAACGUUCUCCAGGGCAAAGGCCCUGAAUCUCGGCGUUUCGAGGCUGAACAACGACGAUCUGAUGUUCUUCGUCGACGUGGACAUCGUGUUCACCGGUUCUGCGCUUUACAGAAUACGCGCGAACACUCUGCUAGGCAGACAGAUGUAUUUCCCGGUGGUGUUCAGCCAAUACGAUCCGCGGAUCGUUCGCGGGACCGCGAGAAAUCGCGACACGUUCGAAAUAGACGAAACGACCGGUUAUUGGAGACAGUUCGGUUUCGGUAUCGUCUCCCUGUACAAGCAGGAUUACAAAACCGUGGGUGGUUUCGAUCUGUCCAUUCAUGGAUGGGGCAAGGAGGACGUGGACUUCUUCGAGAGGGUGGUAAAAUCCAACGUGAAGAUCUUCAGGGCGGCCGACAAGAAUCUGAUCCACGUUUAUCACGAGGUGGAGUGCAGCAAGGAUCUCUCGAACACCCAGCUGUCCAUGUGCAUGGGCACCAAGGCUGACACUUACGCGGGCAUAGAGAUGUUGGCCAAAAUGAUUUACGAGGACCCGAACGUCCUGCGAUUUGCCAAAGCCAGACGAGCGAACAUGACGAACGCGGUCGGUUGAGAAAUUAUUUUGUGUUGACUGCUCAUAACCGAACAGCCAUUUUUUAGAUUCUUUCAGUCUACUUCGAAACUCCUACCAGAUUCGUAAGAUUCUCUAAUUGCGUUUGAAGAAAAUAAUUAGGAAAUAUUUUCAAUGGCGUACAGAAAAUUCUAAUCCACGAAUCUGAAACGUUCGUUGAUGCGCAGUCAACGCGUUAAAGUCGAAAGUAUGUCUCUGAGAGCGCCAGAACGUCCGUUAGCUAGAACAUUUUGUAAAUACACGGGUGUGAUCGUGAUUCUUUUUUACGCGAAAGUGCCGUGCAAGCAGCGGAUAUUAAGAUCAACGCGAAAUCACCAAAGCCAUUGCCGUAUGAGUUUGUCACUUUAAUGGCCGCGCAGAAGCUUCCGUUACUAUUUCUAUAUUGAUUAAUUUGAAACAGCUAUCUAUACCGACAUUAUAAACCAAAGUGAAGCACGCGAAGAUGCUAGGAAUAUUAGUAUAAGGAAUUAUAAGUGUUGGUAUACCGUAAUAAACACGCGAUAUGAAAUCUGGAUCUUGACUAACGUAAUAAAUCGAAUGGACGAUGGAACGGUGAAAUCACUUACACGUGACAGCGGCCGUGAAAGUGUUAAUACCGUAAUUACGUUCGUACCGCGACUUUCCUAUAUCGAUAGAACGGAACGCAGACCUGAGAUUUAAUUUAACGAGUGAUGAAAACGAUAUUUAAUUAAACGGAUAUUAAGUUCCCGAAUUGCGUGAGCAACGAUCAUGCUAUCCUUGUAAGAACGUAAUUAUCGAUAGGCGGGGUGUUAAGAUAUUAGAACUGGAAAUACAAGUUUCACGAAAUCGUUUUCGUCGUUUCAGCGAUUAACGCCCUGUCUAUCGAGUGCAAGAUAUUGGCAUUAUUUACUCUACGAAUGUGAUGUAUCGCUUCCUGAAAAAGAGUCGAGGAAAUUUUAUUUUUAGAAGCAAGGAAUACCUUGAAAGUUAAUUUAUAUGAACAGAUCUAAAAUUUCUAUUCCUUAUUCCGGGAUAAAAUUUGCCCGACUCUGGGCGCUAAAUAUUUUUCAUUCUCACGACGAAAAGUAUAUUAAUACCCUUUUUUUUAUAAACGAAUAUUAUAUUGUAAGGUGAAAUACUACGUCCCCGAUUUUGGGGACGCUUAAAACCUGCCUAAAUGUUACCGGGCGGAAGUAAGAAUGCGCGAAUGAGUAACUUAAGACAAUUUUAA